AUGCCCUCUGUAACUCUUCUCACAACCGUGGUGUUGCUCCUCUCCGGCUGCCUGACCGGCCAGUGUUCGCCCACGCCGGCAGGCAGCGAAGGUUUUGUUAAAGGAGAGAGCCAGUCCAGGUCUCAGGGUGCUGACCAGCAGGAGGAGGGCGCUGCAGUGUGCCCAUCGUGCGCUCUUGCACAGUUAAACGAAGACUCUGAGUCCUCCCAGCCUGGCAUGGUGGAGGCGGUAAAGAGGCACAUCCUGAACAUGCUGCACUUGAGCGCGCCACCCAACAUUAGCCAGCCGGUUCCACGCGCCGCCCUGCUUAACGCCCUGCGCAAGCUGCACAUGGGUCAAGUAGCACAGGACGGCACGGUGGAGAUCGAAGCGGAGGGAGAGGAGAUCGCAGCGCCAGGUGAUGAGCAGCCGUCGGAAAUCAUCACCUUCGCAGAGCCAGUGGGCGUGCCCGAUGUGGUAAAAUUCGACAUUUCUAAGGACAGCGGUACCCUCUCUGUGGUGGAGCAGGCCAACGUGUGGAUCUUCCUGAAGCUGGCGAAGGGCACCCACACCAAGAACAAAGUCUCCCUGCAGCUCCUACAGACCAACCCAGAGACUCAGGAGGAGGUGGUGGUGUCGGAGAAGAAGGUCGACUCCAGGCGGAGCGGGUGGCACACCCUGUCGGUGGGAGCCAGUGUUCAGUCGCUGCUAGAGCGCGGAGGUGGACAGCUACGCCUUCGUGUUUCGUGCCCGCUUUGUUCCGAUGUGGGCGCCGUGCCCGUUUUAGCUGUAGGGAAAGAUCAGGAGCACUCGCAAUCGCACCGUCCUUUCCUGAUGGUGGCACUGCGGCCGGUCGAGGAGCGACAACACCGGCGUAGCAAGCGCGGCCUGGAGUGCGACGGCAAGAUGAAAGCUUGCUGCAAGCGGCACUUUUACGUCAACUUCAAAGACAUCGGGUGGAGCGACUGGAUCAUCGCGCCAUCAGGUUACCACGCCAACUACUGCGAGGGGGAGUGCCCAGGCCACGCUGCUAGCAUGGCUGGGACCGCGCUGUCCUUCCAUUCUACCGUCAUCAACCACUACCGGAUGCGCGGCUACAGCCCGUUCGCUGGGAUCCGGUCAUGCUGCGUUCCCACGCGGCUUCGUGCCAUGUCCAUGUUGUAUUAUAACGAAGAGCAGAAGAUUAUUAAAAAGGACAUUCAGAAUAUGAUCGUAGAGGAGUGCGGAUGCUCAUAAAACGAAUGAAAUAAAAACUAGAAAACUUGCGGAACUGCUUAGCCAGCGUCUUUGGCAAAAAAACAAAAAAAACAAAGAGUUUUUGACUCAGAUCUCCGUGUGCUAUGUUCAUGAACUAUUCCAGACUCUUGAUUUGAGUGAUCUCUGUGGCACUUUCCUAUAAAUGUAAAAAAAAGAAGCGUAAUAUAUUUUUGUUAUUUGAAGGGAAGGCAGGAAUGUAAGAGAACAGGUGCAUGGUCGUGAUAACAGGACAUUCUAUGUUCUCUGCGCUGCAAUAAAGAAAAGCAACUCGGAAAUAUGAACUAUGCAACUGGUGUUAGUGUUUGUUCCAGUUUCCUCAUUCAUGCUGUUUUUUUUAUGGAUUUCUUUUAUGAACCC